AUGCAGUGCAGCUGCAGCUCCUCAGUGGGACACCUUUCAUCGCCGUACUGGAGCAGAACAGUGCUUUUCCCUGACUGGGCCUACAAACCAGCAUGGUCACCAGGGUCCAGACAGGUGCAGCUGUGGCACUUCCUGUUGGAACUGCUGGGUCGUGGCGAGGGCGGGGCCAUCGGCUGGGGAGGAGAAUGGGGCGAGUUUGUCAUCAGGGACCCCGAGAGGCUGGCCAGGCUGUGGGGAGAGAGGAAGGGGAAACCGCACAUGAACUACGACAAGCUCAGCCGGGCGCUCAGAUAUUACUACAACAAACGCAUCCUGCACAAGACCAAAGGGAAAAGAUUCACCUACAAGUUCAACUUCAGCAAACUCAUCCUCGUCAACUAUCCAGGACAUCCUCCACCUCCACCAUCAUCCGGUCAUCAGCUGGUACAGAGCAGCCCUCUUCCCUUUCCUCUCCUCCCCUCUGAGAGUGGUCUUCCUUUGUGUGGAGGAGCGGGCUCAGUGAUGGACGGAGCAAUCCUCCCCAUGCCUCACCCCUUCCUACUCCCAUGCUGCCUCCCAAAACCCAUCCCCACCCCUCACGCUCUCCACGGCCACUUUCCCUUCAUCUCCACUCCUGCACAUCCAGGGUCCAACCCAAGGGAGCUGAGGGAGUCAGGUCUGCCACCUCUGGCCUCUCUCGGUGCUAACGUCUGGCCCCACAAGAGCACUGGUGGCUGGGAUCAUAUGAACCACAUCAGCCGAGGCUUGUUUGUCGAAGCAAAGCAGACUGAAAGUGAAGGAGAGGGGAGGAGAGGGAAGAGUGAUGCACAGAAGAGGGAGAAGAGGGAGUGA